UCCCGCCAUUAAUACUGCUCAAACCCUAAUACCAUCUUCGUAAACCUCUGAAUUUUUCGGAUUUGCAAUUCUUCUCUCUCUAAUUGCUGAACAAAUUUAGGUUUAAGAAGAAAAAUGAGGGGUGGAACGGUUCAGAUCAAUUGGCACGACUCCAAACCCGUACUCGCCUGCGAUUUCCAUCCGAUCUCCGCCCUCCUCGCUACCGCCGGCGCCGACUACGACAUUAAGAUUUGGGCAACUGUUUCUAGCUCCGACCAAAAGAAGGCUCCUGGAGUUACUUACCAGAACAAUCUGUCAUACCAUAGUUCUGCUGUAAAUGCACUUCGCUUCUCCCCGUCUGGAGACCAGUUGGCUUCUGGUGCUGAUGGUGGAGAGCUGAUUUUAUGGAAAUUAAAUGUUACUGAUGCUGCUGAAGUUUGGAAAGUCUACAAGUCUUUAGUGUUUCAUCGUAAGGAUGUAUUAGACCUGCAAUGGUCUGCUGAUGGGGCAUAUCUCAUAACCGGUUCAGUAGAUAAUUCAUGCAUCAUAUGGGAUGCUAAUAAGGGUUCUGUACACCAAAUUUUGGAUGCACAUUUUCAUUAUGUUCAGGGUGUAGCAUGGGACCCCUUGGGGAAAUAUGCAGCAUCGUUCAGUUCAGACAGGACUUGUCGUAUUUAUGUCAACAAGCCUUCUAAAGCCAAAGGUGUUGAGAGGUCAAAUUAUGUUUGCCAGCAUGUCAUCUCAAAGGCAGAGUUGCCAGUGCCUGAUGAGUCUAAGUCAGCUAGAAGCCAUCUUUUCCUUGAUGAGACACUGCCAUCUUUCUUUCGAAGAUUAGCCUGGUCUCCAGAUGGAUCAUUUUUACUUGUACCCGCAGGUACCCACAAAAGCACACCAACUUCUGAACCUGUCAAUACUGCUUAUGUAUUUUCAAGAAAAGAUGUUUCCAGACCUGCUCUUAUGCUUCCUGGUGCAAGUAAACCUGUUGUUGCUGUUCGGUUUUGCCCCAUGAAGUUUAAAUUGUUAGGGACGACUACAUCUUCAUCAUUUAAGCUCCCCUAUCGCCUUAUAUUUGCUGUGGCCACGCUGAACUCCUUGUAUGUUUAUGACACUGAAAGCAUUCAACCAAUAGUAAUUGUAGCUGGAGUUCAUUAUGCAGCUAUAACAGACAUUGCAUGGUCACCGUCCGGUAAUUUUCUAGUGUUAUCCUCUCAAGAUGGAUACUGCACACUGCUUGAAUUUGAAAAUCAAGAACUUGGGGCACUUAUUCCCAUAUCAGAGGAAAAGCAAGUGACGGGUGAUGAAAAUACGAGCCUCGUGGAAGAAGCCAUGGUUGAUGUCAGUAGUAGCAGUGCUUCUGUAGAUAGUAGAAAAGAAAAGGAAGAGAAUUUACUGAAAGAGAAGGAUGAGAACUGUGAUGCUAAACAUGCUCCACCAAGUACAGCAGCAGCACCUCAAGCUAAGGCUGCCAAGAGGCGCAUUACCCCCAUGGCUAUCGAUUAACUUGGUAUUUUGCUCUUGAUUUUUAGUAGUUUCCUGUUGAUCUAGCCCUACCUCAUUCAUCUCCAUGCACAGGUAGAAAAGAUGAUGCCUAUAUUUACUUGACUGAGAAUUCUACUUAAAUGGUAGAAAGGACUUACAAGUAGUGCUAUAUCUAAGGCUAUUACUUUUUUUUUGCCUUA